AUGUCCGGCCCGGCGCCCGGCGGCACCCUGCCGCCCCAGCUCGGGGCCGUGCUGGGCUCGAUCAUCAAAAACGCCAUCGGCGGCACCGUGGGCGGCGUGCUGGCGGAGGCGAUCCUGUUUCCCGUGGACACGGUGAAGCUCCAGGUGCAGACCACGGCCCCUGGGGAGCCCAGCGGCUUCGUCACCACCGCCCUGCGCAUCAUCCGCAGGGACGGCCUGUUGGGGUUUUACCACGGCCUGGGAGGCGCCCUGUUCAAGGAGACCAUCCACAGCGCCAACUUCUGGCUUUUCCACGGGAUGCUCUUCAGGCUGGGGACGAGGUUCGAGGAUUCGACCAGGACUCCCCCGAUGGUGCGGCUGUUGCUGAACCUUUUCGCGAAGCAGCUGAACUGGCUGUGCACCACGCCCUUCGAGGUGGUCUCGAGCGUCAAUCAGCUCUCCGCGACGAGCGCAGGCUUCCUCGCCACGGCCGUUCAGCUCUACCGCGAGGGCGGCUUAGCCGUCUUCUACCGGGGGUUAUUCAUCUCGAUGUUCCUCGCCAUCAACCCGGCGAUUAUGAACACCCUCAUCACGUCGUUGUUGCGGGUAGUGGCGAUGGUUAAGCAGGCCCGUGGCAUGGACUCCCUGGACGCGAAGGACCACAGCGCCAUGGUGGUCGGCGUCGUCACUGGGGUGUCGAAGGGCUUCGCGACGAUCGUGACGUACCCCCUGAUCCGGGUGAAGGUCCUGCAGCAGACCACCAGCGGCGGGGCAGGGACCGUCUCGGAGGUGCUGCGGAGCAUCCUCGCCGCGGAGGGCGCUGCGGGGCUCUACCGCGGCGUGCUGGCGAUGAGCUACAAGACGGUGCUGUGGAACUCGCUCAUGAUGGCGUUCAAGCACAUGCUGGGCCCCAAGAAGGAGCUCACGCCCCCGACGUCGCCAGAGCCGAGGUCGAGGUUCCCGGUGGUGCGGAUGCCGCUCAUGGCGCGCGAGCCGUUCCCGGCCGAGCUGCUGACAGAGGAGAAACUUGACGAGAUCCUGCGGUACGUGAGGGGCACCAGCGGGGAGGUCGAGGUCCAGGCGCAUUCCCGCCGCCUCAGCACGCUGGAGAGCCGGGUCCCCCAGGCAGGGGCGGCGCGGGGGCGCGAGGGCGGGAAGAGGUUGCCGGGGGGGCUGGCCGGCAACCCGCCCCGGCGUACGCGGGGUCCAGUCGCGGCGGCGGGCAGGGUCAUCGGGCCGGGCCGGUGUAGCAUGGUCCGCCGCCUCGCCUCUCAGAAGAGCCGCCUGGAGGCCGAGCUGCGCCAGGCGGGCGGGCUGCACGGCGCGUUCGGCAACGACCGCGAGGUCGAGGUCGUGCGGCUGGAGGUGGUGCGCAGCAGCGCGGCCCGGAGCGCGGCCAGCGGUGUGGACGCGCCCCACAAAGCAGCCGCCUCGUUCUCGGCCGUGGGGCCGCUCUUCUGCUGCCAGGGACACACUGCGGCUUCCUGCCAGGAGGUCCUGGUGGAGGAGGACCACCCGGCGGCGUUGGCGGUGGAGGACGGCGACGAGGACGCCUACGAGGAGAUCGCAUCGGGGCCUCUGGCCAAGGCGCGGCGCACCGCGGAGACGCUGUUCGUGGGUGCCUCGCUGCACAUGUCGGUGAAGCGCCUCGAGAGGGAGCUCAGCGGUAGCACGCUGAGCGAGGUCGCAAUCGAGGAGAAGUGGGAGUCCCUCCAUAAGCGGAACGCAGACAUGGUGUUCAAUCACAUCAUGAAGCACCGCGGCUUCUUCAUCAAGGUGGGCCAGAAGGCCUCGACCAUGGCCGGGACGCUGCCCGAGCCCUGGGUGCAGGCGCUGACCCCGCUGCAGGACCACAUCCCGACCACCCCGUACCAUAUAGUCCGCCGCAUCGUCCGCCAGGACCUGGGCGCCAGCCUGGACGACAUCUUCGGCGAGUUCGAGCCCAACGGCGGCCACGUCGCCUCCGCCAGUAUCGGCCAGGCCCACGUGGCGCGGCUGCGCAGCGGGGGCGAGAAGGUGUGCGUGAAGAUCGGGCAUCCAGGCGUGGCGGAACUGGCCGAGAUCGACUUGGACAACAUCGAGUUUCUGGUCAGAAUGCUGAUGAGGCUCCACGACGAAGCGCCAGAUAUCACCGAGACGGUCAAAGAGAUGCGCCGCGCGUCGUUGGAGGAGGUAGACUUCCGCCUGGAGGCGCAGAACGCCAAAGACGCGCUGAACGCCCUGCAGCACGCGGGGUCCCCCGUGGGCUGCUCCGAGCCGCUGGCGCACUUCUGCGGCCAACAGGUGCUCACCAUGCGCUUCAUCGAAGGCUGGAAGAUCACCGAGACCGAGCGCCUGCCGCCUGGCACCAACCGGGAGCUCAUGGCGGCGCAGAUCGUGGAGGCUUACGCCAUGCUCGUCUUCGAGGAGGGUCUCAUCCACGGCGACCCGCACCCGGGGAACAUCUUCGUGGAACAGAUCUCCGAGGGGCCAGACGGGGUGCGCCCUGUGCUGCUGGACUGGGGCAUCGCGAAGCGCAUCACGAGGGAGGAGCGCGUGGCCCUCUGCAAGUGGGUCGUCGCCAGCCUGUCGCGGGACCGCUUCCUGUACAUGCAGACUCUCAAAGAGCUCGGCGUGGACUUCGGCGAGGGCAUAGACUACAAGACGCUGGACAUGCUCAUGUUCACCGCGGUCCUGCUGCUUCGCGACACGCUGCCCUCCUCGGCGAUGAAGCAGUACCACGACCAGUUCAGGGCGCACGCCGACGCGGAGAAGAAGAAGAAGAGGAAGGCGCACGAGUCGGAGGGGAAGCGGCUGCAGAAGGUCGUCGAGAAGGUCCCCGGGUGGGUCCACUUUUUCUUCCGGGGCCUGAGCAUGGUGCAAGACGUCUGCGGCAUGCUGGACGUCACCGUGCCCGUCGCAAAGAUCCUGCUGAGGUACGCCCUGCCCAAGGUGCACAGGGAGCCGCGCAGGGUCCCCACUGGCCUGCCGGGCGCGGACCCCGCGGGGCGCCCCGAGCUGGAGCGGCAGGUCGUCGCCAGGCUGGCCGAACUGGGGGACGGGCUGCUGCUGGGCGCUCAGGUGGCGGUGCUCGUCGACGACGCGGAAGGAGGCAGCCCCGGCAGCUGGGCCUGCAACGCCAGCUGCGGCCUGGCGGGGCUGCGGGGGCUGCCGCUGACCAGCGCGACGCUGAUGCCGCUGCUGGACGCGGGCGUGGGCGUGCUCGUAGCAUGCCUCCUCGGGGCGCUGGCGAAGCCUACCGCGACUGGCAAGGAGGUCGGCCUGGACACGCCGGUGGAGAGGCUGUGGCCCGAGUUCGCCCGGGCCGGCAAGGGCGGCACCUCCGUGCUCGAGCUGCUGCAGCACCGCGCCGGCCUCGGGCGGCCCUUCCGCAGGAAGACCACGUUCACCUCCGUGUGCAACGAGAAGUUCAUGGAGGAGGCCAUCGCGGAUUGCCCGCGGAGCAAGGACGAGGGCGACCGCGCGUGCCGGGUGCUCGGCGUGGCCCUCGCGGCGCUCCUCAAGAGGGCGACGGGCAGGAAGGCGGCGGCGGAGGCGGUGCGAGCGGUGUUGGAGCCGCUCGGGCUGCACGAGGAUAUCUGCUACCAGGGCCGCGGGCGCGACGUGGCCUGCGUCGGGCACAGGCUGCUGGAGGAGGUGCCGACCUCCGUGCUCUGGGAGCUGCUGGAGGACAGGAUGGCGCAGUCCGAGAGCCAGGACGACGAAGGCAAGAGGCCUCCGGCGUGGCUGAGCUACGAGCAGCUCGUGGCCGAGCAGCCUUGGUGCGCAGACCCGCUGCUGGCGAACAGCCCCGAGCUGCUGGAGGGGCGCGGGUGCGCCGCCGGCCGGGGCCUCCGCGCCACGGCGCAGGCCGUCUGCCGCCUCUACGCCUCGGGCCUGGUGCCGCCCAGCCUCCUGGAGCGCAGCACGGCGCAGCGCCGCCGCCUGGGCGUCGCGUCGCUGGCCGAGUGGGAGGAGCGCGGGCGCCCAGGGGCUCAACUCUUCUCGAUGGGCUCGAUGGGCAGACCAGACCCCCGGCGGGCCUCCGACCUCCCAGACCCUCGCGAGCCAUGA